UCCUAGCCACAAAGGAGCAUCAUUGUAAUUUCAAGCCCUCCUGUACACCCAUUAUAUAGCAUCAAAACAAGAGAAGAGAAUACAGAGAGAGAGAGAGAGAGAGAGAGACGCAGAGAGAGUGAGAUGGAGAUGGAGAUGGAGAUGGAGACAGAGAACGCAAACGAUGUAUACAGAGAGUGUCUGAGAAACCAUGCAGCCAGCCUCGGUAGCUAUGCCACAGACGGCUGUGGAGAGUUCACCCUCGACGACUCCUCUCCAGGCUGCCUACAAUGCGCAGCAUGCGGCUGUCACCGCAACUUCCACCGGAAGGUCACGUACGUACCCACCCAUGUGAGAGGAGGAGGAGCGAGCUAUAGCAGCCGCGGUGGCCGAGAAGUCCCAGAAACCACGGCCGAGCUCAUGGAUUACACCGGCGGCGGACGGCAGGCGGUGAUGGUGGAGUCGGGUGAAGCUGCAGAGAGAAACUUCAGCAAGAAGAGGUUCAGGACCAAGUUUACACAGGAUCAGAAGGAGAAGAUGCUGGCUUUUGCAGAGAAGUUGGAGUGGAAACUGCAGAGAAAGGAUCUGGACGAUGAGAUUGAGAGGUUCUGCAGGGGAGUUGGGGUGAGCAGGCAGGUCUUCAAAGUGUGGAUGCAUAACCACAAAAACGCUUCCUCCUCGUCUUCCGCAUCUACAGGCAAUGCCUCAUCCCUUACCCAGUAGAACUACUAGUGCUCCUCCGGGGUCGACAGACGUACUAGUGGGAAAGAAGUUUAAGUGAAUAAUUUUAUUUUUAUUUUAUUCUAUUUGAUUUUAGGGGAAUAUAUAUACUUUCACCCUUAAAUUAA